GAGGUGCGCGCGCAGCCACAGCAGACAUCAAACCGUCAGUCCGGCGACACCGAGUGACGUUUGUUUUAUUCUCAGCCGUUACCGCUCUCUCUCUCUCCCCCUCACUCCCUCCGUCCCUCACUCACCCCCCGAGGCCACCGAGACCCAGCGCCGCCCGAGCCGCCGCGGGGCCGAGCAGAUCGAGAGCACAGAUAUAUAUUGUAACCAUGUCGCAGGAGAAGAGUUACCUGGUCACAGGGGACCCCAAGCAGCUCCCUUACCCACAGCAUAACCAGAUGCCAUUUGGCAAUCCUGCGUUUCCACCACAGCCUCCACCAUAUGGCCAGCCUUCCUUUCAGCAAGCUGGUUGUGUGCAGCCUCCGUUUAUGGGAUCAGCUUACGGCCAGCCUUUCCCUCAGCCUGCGUAUGGGCCACCUCCCUUCCCGCAAGCUACUUACAGGGAUCCUGCACAGCAGCCACCCAUGCCUCCGCCUCCGAUGAUGCACUCUAACGUUUCUUUGAGCAGCUCAGGCUACCACGACGACAUCCCACCAGCCUACUAUGAUAACGAGGAAAUGACUUCAUCAAACUUUGACGACAAGAACAUCCGCAGAGCUUUCAUUCGAAAGGUUUAUAUGGUUCUGACCAUUCAGUUAAUGGUGACUUUUGCCUUUGUGUGCAUUUGUACAUUCGUUGAUGAUGCAAAGAAAUUUGUGAAACAAACUCCUUCAAUAUACUACGCCUCAUACGGCAUCUUUUUAGUUUCAUUGAUUGCCCUCAGCUGCUGUGGAGAGUUUCGACGAAAGCAUCCCUGGAACCUGGUGGCAUUGUCUGUUCUGACUCUAAGUAUGUCGUACAUGGUUGGAAUGGUCGCUAGCUUCUACAAUACAGAUUCGGUGGUGAUGGCUGUUGGGAUCACUGUAGCAGUUUGCUUUACUGUGGUCUUAUUCUCCAUGCAGACAAAGUAUGACUUCACCUCUUGUAUGGGUGUAAUGCUGGUCUCGGUGGUUGUGCUCUUUUUCUUUGGAAUUCUAUGCAUUUUCAUCCAGAGCAAGAUCCUCCAGAUUGUUUAUGCAUCAGUUGGUGCACUGAUCUUCACUGUGUUUUUGGCCAUUGACACCCAGCUGAUCAUGGGGAACAAACAGACCGUUAUCAGCCCAGAGGAAUACAUUUUUGCAGCGCUCAACCUUUACACUGACAUCAUCAAUAUCUUUAUGUUCAUUCUGGCUAUCAUCGGGAACACCAGAGAGUAAGCCAGUGAAACAUGAUGAUGAAGUGCUGUCCUUGUGCAGUGAAGAGCUAACUUGAAGACUUUUUUUUGUGUAGACUAGAUUAAGAAAUAUUCUUGCAGACUGGUACAGUUGUUAUUGCCACUCCUGUGAAUAAGCAUGUUUGCAUGGAUGGGGCAAGUGUGUAAUGACCGCUUCAGUAUGGCUAUUCAGUGGGUUCAAUCACAAUUGCCUAACUUGCAUCAGAUUUAUCUAGAAAUGUAAUGUUCUGAAUUGGAAGUAUUUUAAUAAUUUGUCUCACCCAACAAAUCGGCAGUCAUUUUCAGUUCUAAGGUUUCAACUUUUCAGUCAUAACGCAACGUGGAAGAGAGAUCGGCACCAAUGUUUCUGAUUCAUCUUUGAAUAGAUGAUUGAUUUUUAUCCUGCUGUGGGUGUCCAAGAUGUAUAUAGUAAUGAGGCAGACUAACCUUUUGCAACAAUGAGGUGAAAAUCUCAAAUAUCGCUGGCUAAAUUCUUUCCUGUAAACUACAAGACAUUUUUUGGGCAAUGGGUGUGCAGGAGAUGCUGCCAAAUGGUUGAACUUAAUGAUCUUAACAUUUGAAUUGGAUCUGCUUGUUCUAUCAUUACUAAUUGAAGGGUCCGUGUCUGACGUAAAAGGCUUACUUCACUAUAUAAUUUGCUUCUGGUGGGAUCUUGCACUGUCAACCAUGUGCUUAGGUCACUUGACGUGUGUGGAGCUAAGUUGUCUGAACAAAGUAGUGAGGUUUAUUUAAUUCUUACUUGAAUUUCAUACUGUGACAAAACAUCUGGACAUUUCCUCAGGAUGAAUAGAAAUUGAUCUUGCUUCCCAAUUUAUACUAUCCUAAGCCAAAAUUAUCCCUCUGCUUGUAAACAUGCUAAAUCUUCAACCUGUACUUUCCUGAAUUGAGCCCAAGCUGCCUGGCAUAUUAUAAUAUAUUCUGGGGUUUGCAAAUGGUGAAAUCGUUUGGGAACGUUUAAAAUUGUGAAAACUGGGCUUGAUUUUAAGCGAAAUUAUGGCUUUUAACGUAUUGUACCAGUCUUAUGUUGGCCUAUGCAGGUAGUGCUAAAAUUGAGGAAUAUUGAACGUCUCUGUUGCAAGUGGGAUAAUGGGAAGAACAACUAGCUAUGGAAUACCAAUAUAGCAUUUAUAACCAAUGAAGUAGGUUAUAAUUUAAAUUAUAUCCCAAAUUUAGAAAAAGAUCUAGCAGGCCAGCCAGAUGAUCAUUUGGCCUUUAAGGAUAGUUGAAGCCAACCUCUCCUGGUUAGCUUUAAUGUUAAUUCUUGAUAUUUGGUACAAAUCUGCUUAUUGAGGUCUGUGCCAAAUGGCUUAAUUUCUUACAAAUCCAAUUUAAGUUUCAGUCUGAGGUAGGAAAGUCUUCUAAAGUCUCAAUCCACGAUUGUUUGUGGGACAGUGUUGGCUGCUGUGCUUCGC